UUAGCGCCCACACGCUCGUGCACCCAAUCUCCAAAGUCCAAAGUGAACAGAGAAGAUCAAAGAAACGAAAACAAAAUCUAUGGAGCAGAUAGAAAGAAACCAGAAGCCAGGAAAGGCUUCCCAUUAUCUUCCAAUGACAAAACUUUCCUUCUUCUUCGUCACCAAAUCUUUCUAGUCCUUUUCUGAUCACCGCAACCAUGCCAUCUCGCCCAGCCCCUCCUUUCCUUCCACCCCAACCUUCUCCUCUCCCCUACCACCAACGCUCUUCCAGCCUCAUCCCUCCCCUAGCCGCCGCCUCCACUGCUGCCUUCUCUUUCCUCCUCCUCUUCGUCAUCUGCUUCCGCAAACUCACUCGUAAGCGCACUGUCCCCACUGACUUCUCCAAACCCCCUCACCGUUUCUCCUACACCACUCUCCGCCGCGCCACCAACAAGUUCUCCCCUUCUCUUCGCUUAGGCCAAGGCGGGUUUGGCUCAGUUUAUCAUGGGACUCUUCCUAAUGAGCUCAACGUUGCUGUUAAAGUUAUGGACUCGGGCUCUCUCCAAGGGGAAAGAGAGUUCCAAAAUGAGUUGCUUUUUGCUUCAAAGCUUGAUUCUUGUUAUAUUGUUACAGCCCUUGGUUUUUCCUAUGAUAGGAAGCAUCGUAGUUUGUUGAUAGUGUAUGAGCUUAUGCAAAAUGGGAACUUGCAGGAUGCAUUGCUUCAUAGAAAAUGUGUGGAGUUGGUUGAUUGGAAGAAAAGAUUUAGCAUUGCCGUUGAUAUUGCUAAAGGGAUCGAGUAUCUUCAUAGUUUGGAUCCUCCUGUUAUUCAUGGAGAUAUUAAGCCUAGUAAUAUUUUGCUUGAUCAGUGUUUUAAUGCGAAAGUUGCUGAUUUUGGAUUAGCUUGGUUAAAAAUUGAUAAUAGCAAUCAGAAUGACCAGAAUCAGUGCAAUCAGGGUCAGUGUGAGGUUAAGGUGGAAGAGAGUGAUAAAAUAAAUGGUGGGGUGGAGUUGAAAAAGGUUGAAUUGGAGAGCAAUAACGGGGGUGAGGAUUAUGGAUCUGUGGUGGAGGAGACUGACAGUGUGACUACUGGGUUUGAUGAGUUUAAUUUGGUGGUGGAUCAGUUGCCGGUUUGUAUGACAUCGCCCGAAACUUUGGAGGCUGUGAGUGCUUCUCCAGAGACUGGUGGUGUGGGGGUUUUGCUCGAGGGGAAUUUGGAUGUGGGUAGUAUAGAGGGUGGGAAAGAAUUGGUUAAUGGGGAGAAAAAUAACGGGGGAGGGAUACAGAGCGAGUCUCGAAAGGAUUGGUGGUUGAAGCAAGAAAAAGGUGGCACUACGGCGGAGAAUGGGGGAGUGAAGGAUUAUGUGAUGGAAUGGCUUGGAACUGAGAUAAAUAAGGGGAGACCGAAAAGUGAUUGGAUUGGAGCUUCAUCGUCAUCGAAUAGUCAAUCUGUUGGGAAGAUAGUUAAGAAGAAGAAUCGGAAGAGAUUGGAUUGGUGGGUUUCGUUAGAUGAUGAUAAGGGUGAGAAGGUUUUGAAGAAGGAGAAGAGAAGGCCAGCAAGGGAAUGGUGGAAGGAGGAGUAUUGCGAAGAGUUGGAGAAAAAAAAUAAGAAAAAGAAGAAGAGAGAAAUGGGGAUGACUAGUGAUGAUAAUAAUGGUGGAGAAGAUUGGUGGCCAAGAGAUGAGGAAUUGUAUGCUGAGAGAAAGAAGAAGAGAAGUAAGAGUAGAGGCAGCAGAGGCAGCAUAGGCAGUAUUGAAUGGUUUAGUGGUGAGCUAUUUAGAGGUAACCAGAAUAGCCAUGAUUCUUUGAGUGGAGAGAUACCGGAGAGUGGUGGAAUCAGUAGUACACCAAGUAUGAGAGGAACCGUUUGUUAUGCCGCCCCUGAGUAUGGUGGUGGGGGGAAUUUAUCAGAGAAAUCUGAUGUGUAUAGCUUUGGGGUGUUAUUGUUAGUUCUUAUUGCUGGGAGGCGUCCACUUCAGGUUACUACCUUACCAAUGUCUGAGUUUCAGCGUGCUAACCUAAUGCAUUGGGCUCGUAAUCUUGCCCGUUCUGGCAAACUUCUUGAUUUGGUUGAUAAGUCUGUACAGUCUUUGGAUCGGGAACAAGCUACAUUAUGCAUCACUAUUGCUCUUCUUUGUUUACAAAAGUCACCUGCUCAUCGUCCUUCAAUGACGGAGGUUGUGGGGAUGCUCACCGGAGAGUCACAUGUGCCUCAAUUACCAUCUGAAUUUUCUCCCUCACCUCCCACACGGUUCCCUUUCAAGUCCAAGUCACAUCAGAAGGUUCGGUAAGCUUUAAUGUCCGAAACUGGUCUUAAUGAGCAACAGUGUAUUUCUUAGAUAAUUGUUUAUGGAUGAUAUCAUUAUUGUUGUAAAGCAAAAUGUCUUCAUUAAAUGAAAUGAGUUGAAUUUUGUUUCA